CGUAGCAAUUUUAUUCCCAACUGAUAGCUCUCUCUUUCAACCGCUGUGUACUUUACUUUGAAAUUACUAUUCAAUUUUUCGUAUAACGUUAUACAUGUGUGUGAAGAAGAAACGUGUAUUUCUUCUCUUCUCACAUGUUCUUUCACGUUAAGCUUUAUACAAACAAGACGUAAAUGAGCUAAUCGUAACUUUUUUGUACGGUUAUUAAAAAAAAACGAAAGUGUUCCCAAAAAAAAAAUCUGAGUCGUACAUUUUGUAGCCCACCCCACACUUCACUGAGGCCCCCACAAAAAUUUUCUUCUCACUUUUUUGUCACAGUUGAAUAGAGCGCCUCGACUUACAUAGGGAAAAGUAGUUGUUAGACUUUGGAACUGGAUUUCGGGUUUAAAAAGUUUCAGAAUACUAGCUUUUUAUAAACAGACUAAUUUUAAUGAGAUUUUCAAUAAAAACAAAAAUUGCUGCUUCAUGAAGAAAAUUGAUUUUCUUUUCUUUCUUAUAUUCGAGUACUUCAUGGAGGCCCAACAAGUAAUGAAAACAACGUCUCAAGAUAAAUUCUUCAAAAAUUUCACCAUAUAGUUAAAAUUCCACGUAGAAUUCAAUAAAAAUAAGAACUAAUUUUCUGAAGGAUAUUCAGAAGGUCCCCAGAGGGGUCUGACAGAAUUUGAAUAACUGCUGAACGCGAAUAGUUAGCGACAAAGGGUUUUCAUCGCCCGAGACACCGCAUAUUGUUAAUUUUUUAUUUUAGAAUAUGUUGAUCGACUCUGUCUUUUGCACCGGUUUUGAAGCUGUCUUUUGUUCGAAUAUUCGAUUAGCAAAUUCCCGAACGCCCAGAAAACAUCUGCAGCCUCCGUUUUGAGACUUUUGGGUAUUGACCCCUGUAGAACGAAAGAAAGGCAGAAAAUUAUUUUAACUACGCAAGAUUGUGGGAAACUGGGUACUCUGUCAAUGCGGAGACUAAGAGCGAGAACUCUGCCUUUCUGUCUACCAGGAUACCCACAGUUUUGUACAGAUAUUUUUCGCGCUUGGUAAAGAGUAGUUAUUUUUCGAAAGGAUUGUUCAGUUUGACAGUUGAGGUCGUCAACAUUAGUAACACAUUUAAGUACAAGUCGGAUGUGCUAUAGUCAGAAUAAAUCAAUACUCUUGUCCGGUAACUUAUGCUUAACGAAUUGAAUGAAUGUCAGAGACGAUGAGUGUGGGUUUGAUCUACUUUAAUGUCACGAAGAUGUCGUUGUGGUUUGUUCGACAUCUGAGAGCUUACGAACUGCGGUUCUUAAGGCUGCUGGAGUACAAUCUGUAGAAGAAUUUAAAGAAUUUUAUCAAGGAGGUAAAAAAAGAUCAGGCUCAACAUCAGCAGGAUCAUUAGCCUGUAAGAAAAUCUUGUGUAUACCAUGGUCACCGCCGUCAGAUUCCAAUCAGCUGGACAAUCGACAAUCGAUAGCUAUAUUCGUAGCAGAAGCAAUGAAUUUUGCUGUUAGUAAUGAUUACGAAACGAAAUUGAACGCUGAAAUAGAAGAAGCUUAUCACAAAAAAUUGCUAAAUAUUAAUGUGAUUGAUGAAAAUUCAGUAAAAAUUUGUAUUAAUUUUGAUAAAAUGCAUGCAAUAUAUCCAUGGAAUGUUAUUCGAUCAGUACGACGGGAAAAUGCUAAUGAAAGUUUACCAGAUAUUAUUAAAAUUGAACGAAUUCAAAAUGAGCGUUGGUACAAACAAUAUGCAGUUCAUCGAGACGAUUUCAAUCAACGAUAUGUAAAGCAUCAUACAAAUUUGGAAAAAUUGUUAGUUCAUGGUUGUUUGGAAACAUCUGCUUUACAAAUAAUUCAAGAUGGCUUUAAUACAUCACAUGCUGGCGUUAAUGGUAUAUGUUCUACUACCGUUACUUUUACUUAG